AUGGCGACUACGGCCAUGACAUCCUCGCCUCGACUCACUUUGAAGCAGCGCAUGGCUUCUCACUGGGCUACCACUCUCCGCGUUGUUCGUCGACACAUCUACUUCAUCGGUCCAGGCAUCGUCGCUUCCGUCGCAUACGCUGAUCCAGGCAACUGGGCCACCGACUUGCAAGCCGGCUCCGAGUUCGGCUACUCACUCCUCUUCAUCGUCCUGCUCACGGGCUGUUUCGCCGUCUUCAUUCAGAUUCUCGCCUGCCGCUUGGGUGUUGUCACCAACGCCGACCUGGCUCGACAAUGUCGCAUGCUUAUCCUCAAGGAGGAUCGCCACGGCAUUCCAACACAGCGCAACAUCUCGUACCCCAAACUCAGGCGGUGGGCGCUCCUCUACCCGCUCUACGUCAUUGCUGAAGGUGCAAUCGUAGCUACAGAGCUCGCAGAACUGACCGGAUCCGCCAUUGCUCUCAACCUGCUCUUCCCGGGUUUGCCUCUGUGGGCCGGUAUCUUGAUCACCUCGGUCGAUGUCAUCCUCAUCCUCUUCAUCUACAAGCCUCCCCCCAACGGAAGCUUCCGACUACUCGAGGCCGUCAUUGCAGCACUCGUCUUCACCGUGCUCGCAUGCUUCAUCGUGCUGCUCGUCAGGAUCAAGCCCUAUUGGCCCGACGUGUUCCAUGGAUAUCUUCCUUCGAACCAGGUCGUCUCGAGCGGUGCUUUGUACGUCAGCGUCGGUAUCCUCGGCGCUACCGUCAUGCCUCAUGCUAUCAUCCUCGGCUCUCACUUUGCUUGCAUCGAUCGCAUGCCCAGUGCCGAAGGCAAAAGCACCGCUGUUGUCGAUCAUGAUCAAUUCGCCCGAGACCUCGAGUACCAAUCCAGAUGGCAAGCCAUUCGCAGCUCCUGGUCCCGCUUGCUGCAACCCAAGCCAGAGACCAAGACCGAGAUGCUGCGUCUUUCGCGCGUCGUCCGCUCCCUCAUCCGCGGACGCACCGGCACCCGUGGCGCCGAGACGGAUUCGAUCGACGAGAGCCAACGACAGCGCGAUUACCAGAUCGACACCUACCCACCGCGCACCCUCGAGAACAUCCGCAUCCACAUCAAGCACGCCUCGGUCGACAUUGGCAUGUCGCUCGUCAGUUUUGCCAUUGUCAUCAACUCUGCCAUUCUCAUCGUCGCUGCCGCCGCCUUCUAUUACACCGACAAUGGCACCGGCUCGGGACAGGUCAUUGUCGCCAGUCUGUAUGAUGCUUUCUAUCUGCUGAAAGAUCGACUGGGCAGUCUGCCGGCGGUGCUGUUUGCCGUGGCGCUGCUCGCAUCCGGUCAGAGCGCCAGCAUCACCGUGACGCUCGCGGGACAACUCGUCAGUGAAGGUUUCAUCAACUGGCGCACCGAUCCCUUCAUCAGGAGACUCUUCACGAGGUUGUUGGCUAUCGUGCCCAGUUUAACGGUCUCAUUGGCCGUGGGCAAGGAUGGCCUGGACGAGAUGCUUGUGGCCAGUCAGGUCGCUUUGAGUAUCGCCUUGCCAUUCGUGCUGAUGCCCUUGAUUCUCGUCACGGGCAACAAGCUGAGAAUGACGGCAGAAGAAGUGGAGGAUCCAGCGUCGGUAGCGUCGUCGGCCAGGUCGAGUGUACAGGAGGAGCGCGCGAGUGGCGAGCAGGCGGCUGCUACAGCAGAUGCAAGUGCGUCGAAAGCCAGGCCAGUCCUGCGCAGGGACGCCAGCACCAGCGCAUCCUUGGCCGUCGUCGAGAGUCUCACUCGCGAACAGCAGCAGCAGCAGCCGAAUACUCCAGAACAGGACGAUAAAAUCACGUUGCGCAAACAACAGCAGCCGUCGCCACCACAAACACCCGCAGCGUCAGCAAGCGAUCCAUUGCAGGAGCACAUUCCUCUCCCGACAUUGGCCGAACAGCGGCCGCCGGCGACACCUGCGUCCAAGAUGACAUCGCAGUGCUUCGCCUCGAGGUGGUACGUCCAGGUUGUGGCGUACGCCAUUUGGACCGUCAUUGUCAUCGCCGACGGCUACGUGCUCAUCACCACAUUUAUGGGCGAGUAG